CAGCAUUAACUUCUGCUUCCAAAAAAAAGUCCUGCUGCCGCCGAGCUUGUCAGCAGGAUGGAAGCAGCCGGAUCGUCAUCGCAAACGCCAGAGCGGCCUUGCGGCUCGCCGCCGCCCGAGAACACCUACGGCACUUUGGAGGAAGCAUAGGCAGCCAUCCAAGCCCACGCUUCCACCCACGGCUACAGGAUGGUCAAGAACGGCACCAGAUCUGGCCGAGCGCGCUUCCGCUGUGCCAAGGGCCGUGAGUACAAACCUCAGGCCAAUCCCGAGGCCCACGAAUCCAAGCGCCGCAAGACCAGCACGCAGUUUACUAGCUGCAAGUUCCAGCUCGCCGCCCGGCCUCUCCCUGACGGCAGAUGGGCUGUGGAGCUUCCUGGCGGCCCAGCGGCAUUGCACAACCACGGCUGGAGCGAUCCCACUGCCUUUGCUGGCGCCAGAGCUGAUGCCCUCGCUCCCUUCGAACAGGAGGUCAUCAAGCUCUCAAACGGCGGCUCCCGACCUGCACAGAUACUGGCUGCCAUCCAAGCCGAACAACGAGGUAUUCAUGGCCAGGAUAUCAUCAACCUACUCCAACGCCAUCGGCAGACUUCCGUUGAGGACCGCAUUGAGGACUGUAUUGUGGUUGCCAUGACCUCGGUCAAGGGCGCCACAGCCAAUUCCAAGGUCACAAGUACAAAGCUCGGUCUGCAGCGCUUGCGCCAGGUUGGGAGAGACUCGUACGAAGCCGGCACAGCGGCACCGCGGGCCUCCGGUCGAUUCAUCGAUGGCCUGGAUGCCCUGGAUCCCGACGUUGAAGAUGACCAUGAUCGGGCACUAGCGGCGGCCGAAGCAGCUGCCCGCGAGGAUCAGGAAGAUGCUGUUGCUUUGGGGAAUCAGCCAGCCGGCGGCAGACACGGCUGAUGCUUUGAUGAAUCGUUAGGAUGUUUCAGAACAUCAGAAAUACAGCAGAAUUAAGCUAUUUACGAU